AAGUGUUUGAUAUUGGUAGUUGAGUGUUGUCAAAAUUGUCGGCUUUUAGGUUAUGUUAUUUAGAGUUAUAUCAUUCACAAAAACUGGUGUAUUUUCACCAACAAAUUUGAAAACUAUUCAAAGAGGGUGCUUCGGAAAGAUGUCAGUAGCACUAGAAUCAGUACCUAAAGUUGACAUUGAUGCCACCGGGGUCUUCAAGUAUAUAUUACUAAAUGUAUAUGACAAAACAAAGGUUAAUGUGGAACCAACUGUGAUUGUCCGUGGCUACAAAAGAUGUAACUACCACUCCGAUAUUUAUGAUGAGGUACAAGAAGCUCUUCAGCCUUUAGACUGUGAACCUCUUGGAGGAGGAAGAAUAUCUCAUGACCCAGAAAAUAACAAGAUACAUAUUUAUGGCUACUCACAAGGGUAUGGCAAGGCUGACCACGAGAUUGCUGCCAAAUUAAUUAAAAAAGCCUAUCCUAACUACACAAUCACUGUCAGCGAUGAAGGGUAUUAGUUUAUCUAGGAUUUUAUGUCUACUUAUUUAUGCUUUAUACAUGUAUUAAAUAAUAAAACUUUGAAAACCCUGA